UCGACGACGAAGACGACGAAGGAGGACCUCGGACGCGCGACGUGGACGUUUUUACACACGUUCGCGGCGCAGUACCCGGAUGAACCGACGCGGCGGCAGGAGCGAGACGCGCGGGAGUUGAUUAUGAUUCUCACGCGAGCGUACCCGUGCGGCGAGUGCGCGGCGCAUUUCGCGGAGAUUGUGCGCGUGAAUCCGCCCGAUUGCUCCUCGGGGUUGGCUUUGCAGCGAUGGAUGUGCGCGGUGCACAACGAGGUGAACGCGUCGCUGGGCAAAGCGUGGUUUGAUUGCGCGAAGGUGGACGGGCGGUGGAGCAAGUUGGAGUGCGACGAG